GUGAAGAUGAUGAUUUGGUUCAGCACAGCCUUGGAUUGGCCUGGAAUCAGAGAUCUGACUGUUUCAUCUUCCAGAAGCCAGAUGGGGGCGUCUCUUUCACUAGCCGUGGAAUCCUCUCCAGGGUCAACAGUAUCUUUGACCCCAUUGGUUUUCUGUCUCCACUGACAAUCUGUGGAAAGAUGAUUCUUCGUGAGAUGUGUACGAUAAGUUCAAGCUGGGAUGAUCCCUUACCAGAAGAGUACCGAGAGCGAUGGGAGAGUUGGAGUAGGUCACUGGACCAGUUAAGCAGUCUACAGAUUCGCCGAAUGUUUGUUCCACAAUCGCUGAGCAUAGCACCUGACCCACAAGUGCUGAUAUUCUCUGAUGCAUCUGAAGCAGCGAUUGCAGCAGCAGCUUACCUGAAGGUCAAGCACCACAUUGGCUUUAUCAUGGGGAAGUCAAAACUCGCUCCUCUGGCAGGACAUAGUAUUCCUCGUCUGGAACUAUGUGGAGCUGUAUUGGCAACAGAGAUAGGAGAGUUUGUCUCAGACCAUCUUAAUAUCCCGACGUCCUCUAUUAGAUAUUUCACAGAUAGCAAGGUCGUACUGGGAUACAUCAGGAACAGAACCAGACGUUUUUACACGUAUGUGAGCAAUAGAAUUGCUUGUAUUCAUGCCGUAUCAACCCCUAGCCAGUGGAGUUAUGUACCCACUCACCUGAAUCCAGCAGAUGCAGCAACUAGGGGAUCAGUUUCUGACGUACGGAAUUCUUUGGAUACUUGGCUCGUUGGACCAGUGCAGUUAUGUUUAGGGGACCUAGCGGAUGUGAACCAGAUGUGGACUAUCCACUCAUCAACCCUGAUGAUGACAAGGAUAUUCGACCAGAAGUGAGUGCCUUUAAGGCAGAUCUAUUAAGCAACCCAACUCCUAUUGAGGAUCGUUUCACAAAAUUUUCAACAUGGGACAGUCUUGUGUCUGCAUUGUCUAUUCUGCGCCAUGUGUCUGCCUCCUACAAAGGUUCGAUUGAUUGCACUAGUUGGCACUUGUGUAACAAGACUAAAUGUGAAUCUGCACUCAAAGACACUGAAGACUUCAUCCUUAGAUGUGUACAAGCUCAGGCUUUUAGGGGUGAACUUGAAGCAAUCAAGGGGAAAUGUGACCUACCUAAGGACAGUCGUAUUCAGCACCUAUCCCCAUACAUUGAUAAUGUAGGCUUACUGAGUGACUGGCAAGAAAUUCCUGUGCAAAAGCCUUACAAUUGGAGUCACAUAAAUCAAGUGAAAGUGGAUUGGUGCUCUCUUAUGAUGCUGGGUGGCAAAAACGAGGAAGUGGUAGAAACUACAUUAGUCUCCAGGGGUUACAAAGCGCACAUCUAUCAUUACUGCUGUGUCCAAAUUCAUGGAAGAGAGAUAACUCUACAUUCUGAAAAUUGACGUCAUAUUGAUUUCAGUCAUUAUCUUUCAUAUUUUACUGGAUACAAUGCAAUCAAUUUUUAUUUUUGUAAUCCUUUCACCCAAAGGAUAUUUUGUUUAGGCAGCAAACAAGUCAACAUACAGUAUAUAAAAUACAAUUUGAUGAAACUGA